CUUGUGUGUUGGUUUCAGUCAAAUUGAACGGAACCACCGUUUCUCUCUCUCUCACGCACACAUGGUGCUGCCACUGUCACUCUUCUCUUCUCCUUUCUGCUUCGCCGAUUCUCUAUUUUUGCGCGCAAUCGAGUAACUUGAUUGCAUGUGGUCCUAAACUUGCAGGAUGGAUUGUAUGCUUUGGGCGAGUCGUUAAUGAUAACUUGAGGUCUGGAUGAUGCUUUCUGAUUGGUUGUUUACAUAUUGUAAUUCAGAAUGUGGAACUUUGCAUCGAAUUGCAUUGCUGGAACUGUGGGACUGAAAAAUGAUUCAAAGCCUACUCAUUCUGCUUCGGAAUGUUCUGAUGAUGAAAAUUCUGUUAUAGGCAGAGAGGAAGGGCUGGAAUGCCCAAUAUGCUGGGAAUCUUUCAAUAUUGUUGAAAAUGUGCCCUAUGUUUUAUGGUGUGGCCACACCCUUUGUAAAAAUUGUAUCCUCGGACUGCAGUGGGCUGUUGUGAAAUUUCCAACACUGCCUGUUCAACUUCCCCUUUUUAUCUCCUGUCCAUGGUGCAACCUUCUGUCUUUCCGUUUAGUUUACCGGGGAAACCUUAAAUUCCCUCGCAAAAACUACUUUCUUCUUUGGAUGGUUGAGAGCAUGAAUGGUGAUAGAGGGAAAUCGCAUUCACCUUUCUGUGGUGAUAAUCAGCAACACUCAAUUAAAGAUAAUUUAACCAUGGGAAGCCAAGUAAGCCAUGGAAACCUUCGGAGGGGGCUAGUUCGCCAUCCAGAGACAUCGAGUUCCAACCAAUAUCAUGGUAAUACUGGUAAUCACCUCAAUACAGAAAGAUUUCAUGUUUAUCUUCGGAAGUCACUGAUCUUCUUUGUCCAGUUGACGGCUAAGUUCCCAUUGGUCAUUAUAUUCCUUUUAAUUGUCUUAUAUGCAAUACCAGCAAGUGCAGCCAUUUUGGCCCUGUAUGUACUUGUUACAAUUCUGUUUGCCCUCCCAUCAUUUCUCAUUUUGUACUUCUCAUAUCCUAGUUUGGAUUGGCUUGUGAGGGAAAUUAUCACUUAAGAUUGUGAACUAGUGUAGGCUCCAACUUUGCAAACAUUAAGACAACAGCUUAUAUCUUCUACUUUGUAAUUAUCCGACUUCUCCUUUAGAAGCUGUCAUUUAUCUUCCCAUAUAGGGUCGUUAUCAAUAUAUGUAUACUUGAGUCUUGAUUGUAGCUCAGGUCGAACUUGGCUAGUUGGUGGAUGAAAUGUCAGUUUUUGGCAUUAGCUUCGAUGUCAAUCAGGGCAGUGGGAUAGGGUAAUGAUAAAUGCUUGUGCCCUUUCCUGGUGGCAAGAAUUUGUUUGAUUAAUGCCAUGUUUUAUUUCAAUACUGAUUAUACUUAUAUUUGUAAAUUGUAUAUAAUAAUUGAGUUGUUUGUUUGGCUGUGUGUGGAAA